GGGGUGAACUCCAGAAACUCACGAAGACCUCCUCCCAGUUCGGUGAACACGGGCGGGGUGACGGAGAUCAUGGCAGAAGGCGGCGAGCUGGAGUUCGUCAAGAGGAUCAUUCAUGACAGCCUGCAGCUGAAGAAAAGGCUGCGGUGGUACAGUUGUAUGUUGGGGAAGAAAUGCAGCCUGGCACCUUUGAAGGAGGAGCUGAGGAAGCAAGGGGUGCCCAAAGUGACCCACACAGAGUUCUGCCAGGGACGGACCAUGCGGUGGGCGUUGGCCUGGAGUUUCUAUGACGAUGUGGCUGUCCCGUCUCCUCCCAGUAAGAAGCGUAAACUGGAGAAGGCUCAGAAACCGCUGGCAUUCACGCUACCAGAGGCAGGGGUGAAGGAGCUCCAGGCUUCGGCUGGAAGUUGCAGCAGUUCUGUGGACAGCAUCACUGCUCUGAUAGAGAAAACUCUCACUGAGCUGCGGGUGCUGCAUAAGCGUGUCCCCUGCGGACAGCAGGAGAAGAGCCUCUUAUUGACUGCGGUGGAAAACACCUGGAUCCACGGCCGCCAGAAGAGGCGUGAACAGACCCGUCAGCUCCGAGAGCUUCCCAGGGCGCCCCCCGGUAUCGGAACCUCUGUGCAAACCGGCGCUGGUUCAGUUUCCACCCAAAACCAGCCCAUCUCCACGGUUUCCUCAAAGGAGUGGAGUUCAGAAGCAGUGACCACGGCUGGAGGACAAGAAGUGGAAGAAUUACCAGGAAAUGCAGGGGAUGAGGAUGUGGAUAAGAGUUCCUCCCUCUGUGCAGAACCAGGACGGAAAAUAGACCAGAAAACUCCUGCUGAUGCAACCACCAGUGACAACGGACGGCCCGGGACCCCCAGUGGAAACGAGCAUUUUCUGUUCAAGUGUCUGCUGAAUGUGAUUCCAGAGGGAAGGGAUGUAGGGAUUGAGAUGCACUGGGUCGAAGGUCAGAACAAAGACCUGAUGAAUCAGCUGCGUACGUACCUUAGAAACACUCUUUUAAAAUCUGUUGGGAAGGUGUGAUGCUCAGGGAGACUGGGGCUAGUUAGGGGGUCAUGUUUUAAAACGGUGAAGUAUUGAUUUAGAAAUCAUUUCUACAGUUUUAUAAAAUUGAAAAAAUGUUCAUGUUGAUUGAGAUUUUAUAUUCCUUUUUUUUCUUGUUAGGUUACCUUUUAAGGUAAUUUUUACUCUUAAAAUAAAAGCUCUGUUCAAACUUUAGGAAUAAAUGUCGUUUUUUUAAA